AUGAUUCAAUCAAUGAGAGACAGAAAUCAACAAUUGAUUGAUAUUGAACAUUUCACAAGUUCAAGAAUGUCAAGAAGAAAUGCAAUUUUAUCACAAGGAUGGAUCACAUCAUACCUCUGGGAUUUGGUUGAUCAAGAGAAUGAUGAUUAUCUCAAUCCAUCAUUCAGAAGACCACCACACAGUGAUAAUAAUUAUGGAAAUCAAAUUGAUUUCAAAUACAUUCUCCAAACAAUUCAAAACAACUCUUUGAAUUCAGAUAUUCUCAUAUUUUCAGAAUAUUUAUUCAAUAUUCUUCCACUUUGGAACACUCUCACAAUUCCACAUGCUCGUUCCAUCAUGAUCUAUAACAAUAUAUUCGAAUGUAACAAUUGUAAAGUUGAUAAUCCACCAACUGUCAGCAAUUCAACAGAUUUAUCAAAUGUAUUGCAGUCCAAAGGUGUUUGUAAAUCAUCGAUCGAUAACUUAAUAAUGCCAACGAUCGAUGAAAUUCAAUCAUUUGUUUCAUUUUGGUCAUCUUCUUCAACAAACAAUUGGAAUGACAAUCAAGGAAUAUCGAAUAUCUAUUCAUCUUCAUUCGUUUCACUCUAUAACAAUUCAUUGUUAUUGGAAUCAUUGAUUCAAGUUGCAGAUCCAACACUUUGUGAAUUCCAAAUCGAAAAUGGAUAUCCAGUCACACCAAAAGGUUUGGAGAUAUUGACAAGAGUUUUGGUCAAUCAAAUCAACAUUGCCAACAAAAUGAUCAAAUACAAUGAAGUUUCAACAUAUUUUGUCAAAACAGAAACAACCAAAGGAUUGACAAUCAUCACAUACAAGAAUUAUCUUUGUGCAUUCGAUAUUGUUGAUGAAUCAUCAUUUGACAAUGGACAAGUCCUAUCACUUUGUCCAUCAGGUCCAAUUGUGACAUCGAUCACUGGAAACACAGGACCAACACAUUCAAACAACAAUGCAAUCACUUUGAUUGGUCGAAAACUCAGUGAAACUGGAGUACAAGUUCAAAUUGGAUCAAAGAACUGUUCGAUUCAAAGUCAAUCAGAUUCUCAAUUGAUUUGUCAAGUUGGUCAAGGUGUUGGAACAUUACCAAUCACCUAUUUCAAUAUUAACACUAAACUUCCAAAUGAAACACCACUCGAUAAUUAUGUAUUCCAAUUCAAUCAACCAGUUAUCACUUCAUUAUCAACCAACAGUCCAGUUAAGACCUAUGGACAAAAGAUCACAGUUUAUGGAAACAACUUUGGAUUUACCAACGAUGACACAAAUUUAUUUGUUGGAGAUAUUCAAUUCAACAUUGAAACAUUCUCAACAUCUGGAAACUCAGAACUAUUGAUUUUCACAUCGAAUGGAACUGGUGUUGGAAGAAUAGUUUCCGUCCUAGUUGGAAAUCAGACUUCAGAUUUGAACAGUCAAUUCACCAUCGAUUACAAUGCACCUGUUAUCAAUUCAAUCUCUGUCGAUCGAUCACCAACCUAUGGAGGUGGACAGAUGACAGUAACUGGAAAUUCAUUCGGUCUCUAUGGUGCGAUGAAUGUGCUCAUUGGCAGUGUAACUUGCUCAACUACCACAAGAAUCGAUGAUAACACAGCAGUUUGUGAGAUACCGCCGUUCGUAGGUGAUAAUCCAGUUACCAUAAUGGUAGAAGGUCAACAAUCAAAUACUGCAUCAACAAUAUUUAAGUAUGAUAAACCCGUCAUUUUCGAAGUUUUACAUUCGAACAACACACCAACCGCAGAGACCAGUAGUUUCUGGAUUAUUGGAAAAGAUCUUGGACCACAAGGUUACGAAUUCCCUAAUAUCACGAUGUUCCUUUCACUUUUAAACUUUGAAUGUGAUGUCGAUGAAUUCUGUUACUACAAUUUGACCUACUCUGACAAAGACGGUAACGUUAUGCCUAUGCCAGCAGAUCCAUAUUACGAUGGUGAUUUCGACCCAUAUAUCGCAAUGAAUUCAUCCUCACGUUCAUUUGUCAACUUUGAUUGUAUUCGAUGUGAUAUCAAUCCUGGAAUUGGACAUAAUAUUCCAGUGAAUAUAUCAUACUAUGGUUAUUUCUCGAAUAUCAUCAAUGACUCACUCUCAUACAAUCGUCCAACGAUUUUGAAUGUCACUGAAAACCAAAGUAAUACAGAUGGUGGAGCAUUUAUUUCAAUUAUUGGUUUUGAUUUCGUUCCAAAUGAAAUCAAUGAAACAAUUGAUUUCUUGAAUGCCAAUCCAGCAUAUACAUACAAAGAUAAGUAUAUUUAUAAUCUUGAAGGACCAUUGACAUACAGCAAUGCCAGUAUUGCACAAUAUCUAUUCAACAAUAUUACUUUUGUCAAUUCAACAUUGGUGACUGCUCAAAUUCCACCUGGAAUCGGUGCAAAUCACACAAUAUCACUUUUCAUUGGUGGUCAAAAUUCAACACAACUCUUUAACUUUUCAUACAAUACUCCAAAUAUAUCAUCGAUUUCAUAUUCAGAUACAAUUGGUCAAAAUAUCACAUUAUCAGGUUUCAAUUUCGUUCCCAAGAAUGUUUCAUCUGGAAAUUCAAGUUUUGUUUUGAUCAACGGAACUGAAUGUCAAUCACCUCAAUGGAUUUCAUCAAACACAAUCAAUUGUACUGCUUCUCCAGGUAUAGGAAAGAAUUUAACAUUAACUGUAUCUAUUGGAGCUCAAAACAAUACUGAUAAUACAACAUUCUCUUAUAAUCCACCAAAUGUAAAUAAUGUGACAAUGAGUAAAACAGAUGGUGAGAUUAUUUCGAUUAUCGGUGAUAAUUUCGUUCCAGCCAAUAUUUAUGCUUUCAAAUCAAAUGUAACGAUUUUCAAUGAUCUUUGUGAUAAUAUUAACUGGAUCAAUGAGAAUAAUAUUACAUGUACUGUUAAAGCAGGAAUUGGAAAGAACUUAACACUUUCUGUUAUUGUUGGAGACCAACAAUCAACCAAUAAUAAUGUAACAUUCUCAUAUUUACCACCAACCAUCAAGAAUAAUGUGACAACCGAUACAAAAGGAGGUUCAGUUAUCAUUGAAGGAACCAACUUUGUUCCACAAAACAUCGAACCAAAGAAUUCAAAUAUUUCGAUAAAUGACAACAACUGUCAGAAUAUUGAAUGGACAAGUUCUUCCUCCAUUAAAUUUGAUGUACCACCAGGAAUUGGAAAUAAUCAAACUUUUGUUCUUUUUGUUGGAAAUCAAACAACUGAUCAGAAACAUUACUUUGACUACAACAAACCAAAGAUAUCGAGUAUUUCUAAAUCCAAAACAGAUGGUGAACAAAUUACUUUGGCAGGUACAAACUUUGUACCUCAGAAUGUUGAACCAAGAAACUCUAAUCUUACAAUUGGAACUCAAGCAUGUAAUAAUAUUGUUUGGAGUAGUGAUACUCAGAUUCUUUGUACGAUUCCAAAAGGUAUUGGAAAGAGUUUGAAUGUAACACUUUUUGUUGGAAAUCAGACCACUGAAGAUAAACCAACUUUUGAUUAUAUUGCACCUUCGAUUAGCAGUGUAACUAAUUCAAAGACAAGUGGUGAAUCAAUCACUCUUCAAGGUUCAAACUUUGUUCCUGAAAACGUUGAACCAAAGAAUUCAAACAUCACAAUUAACAAGAAUGUCUGUAAAGAUCCAGUUUGGACAAGUUCAUCACAGAUCAUUUGCUCAGCACCAUCUGGUAUUGGAAAAGAUUUAGAAUUAUUAUUAUUUGUUGGAAAUCAAUCUACCACAACCAAAUUCACCUAUAAAAUUCCAAAAUUAGAUGAUACCAAAUACAAAGGAAAUCCAUCUGGAGGUGAUUGGAUAACAAUCAAAGGUGAAAACUUUAUUCCAAGUGAUUUCGUUCAAGAAGUCAAUCAAAAAACACAAGAUAGUAACAAUUCAGUAUCGAUUGCCGACAAACAAUGUCAAUCAGUGGAAUGGGUAGACUUUAACACUGUUAAAUGUCAGAUUCCAUCUGGAACAGGUAAAGAUAAGAAUAUAAAGGUUAUUGUUGGUACUCAGAGUUCAGAGAACAAUCAAUUGUUCAGUUAUAAUGCUCCUGUUGUCGAAUCUAUUUCUCCAGAUAAUGGUGAACAAUCCUCAAAGAAACAAGUCACAAUUAAUGGAAUCAACUUUGGUUCAAAUCCUACAGCCACAAUUGGAGAUGCUGGUGAGUGUCAGAGUGUCGUUGUUCUAUCAAAAUUGAAUGACAAAGAAAGAAUUCAAUGUAAUGUUCCAGAAUAUAAUACAAAUGGUGCACAAAUCGUUAGUGUAACAUUGGAUGGUCAGAAAUCAAAUGAAACCAAUGUUAAAUAUACAUACAAUGGUGAUCCAAAGAUUGAUUCGAUUUCACCCACCUCUGGAUCUGUCGAUGGUAACUUUGAGAUGACUGUUUCCGGAAAGAACUUUAAGAAUGGCGAUGCAACAGUGACUGUCUACUUCAACUCGAAAUCGAUUACACCAACAUCGAAAUCAACUGAUACCAUCAAAUUUACAGUUCCUGAAGGUGGAGGUACCAGUAUUGCACUUUACAUCAAGGUUGGCAAUUCACAAAGUAACACAAACAAUGACUUCUCAUAUGAUGCACCAAAGAUAACAUCGAUCACACCAGAUGAAGGUCCUUAUGACCAAGAAACAUCAGUCAGUAUCUCUGGAUCAAAUCUUGGUCUUUCAUCUGAUUCCUCUUCGACCACAAUCACAGUUGGUGGAAAACCAUGCUCAAGUAUUCAAGUUUCAUCUUCAUCAUCGGUGAGCUGUACAGUUCCCAGAAACGAAGAUGAAGGAGAAGUAUCUGUUCAACUUACUUUCAAAUCUCAAAGUGCAUCCACAACAUUCAAGUACACCAAAGAAGAUUCAAGUAGCAGUGAGAGUAGCAGUGAGAGUCAGAGUGAAGGAAGUCAAGAUUCAACUACCUCAACCACCACAAGUACAACAGGUGGUGGAUCUUCAUCAGGUGGAGGUGUUGGCGGUAUUGGCGGUAUAGGCGGUAUUGGUGGUGCCAUUUGUGGAGGACCUGGUGGUGGUGGUGAUGAUGACGAUGACGAUGAUGGUGGUGAUGAUGGUGGUGGUGAUGGUGGUUCAACAACUGGUGGUCAUACACCUACAACAACAACUACAACAACAUCAACAUCUUCAACUACUGGUACAACAUCUGAACCAAUUACAUCAACAACUAGCACUACAACUUCAACAUCAACAUCAACAUCUUCAACUACUGGUUCUACUACUUCAACAGCAGCACCCACUACAACCUCAACUUCAUCAACCACUGGAACUACAACAUAUGUAACAACUGAGAUAAUUUCAACAAACUCAACAGACACAACAGGUGCCACAACAGGAGGUCAAACAACAUUGACUACAUCGACAACUGGUGGAGAUUCAACUACAAGUUUACCAACAACUGUGUCCAUUACAACCUCGACCACAGCUGGUGAUUCUACUACAACAAGUGGAGAUUCAACAACCUCUACCACAUCUACUACCAAUGAACCAACAACAGUAUCUAUCACUACUACUUCGACCACAUCUGGAGAUUCAACAAGCUCUACAACCAAUGAACCAACUACAGUAUCUAUCACUACUACUUCGACCACAGCUGGAGAUUCGACAACCUCGACAACCGGUGAACCAACAACAGUAUCUACCACCACUUCAACCACAGGUGAAGUUUCAACAACCUCUACUACUUCGACCACAGGUGGAGAUUCAACAACCUCUACAACCGGUGAACCAACAACAGUAUCUACAACUACUUCAACCACAGGUGGAGAUUCAACAACCUCUACCACAUCUGAUUCAACCACUGGUGUAGAUUCAACAACCUCUACAACCGGUGAACCAACAACAGUAUCUACAACUACUUCAACCACAGGUGGAGAUUCAACAACCUCUACCACAUCUACAACCAAUGAACCAACAACAGUAUCAAUCACCACUUCAACUACUGGCGGAGAUUCUACUACAACAGGUGGUGAUUCAACAACCACGACCACAUCCGGAGAUUCGACAACUUCGACAACAGGUGGAGAGUCAACAACAUCUACAACCGGUGAACCAACAACAGUAUCUAUCACUACCUCUACCACAGGCGGUGAUUCUACUACAACAGGUGGUGAUUCAACAACCUCUACUACAUCAACAACCGGUGAGCCAACAACAGUAUCUUUCACUACCUCUACCACAGGCGGAGAUUCUACUACAACAGGUGGUGAUUCAACGACCUCGACUACAUCAACAACCGGUGAACCAACAACAGUAUCUAUCACUACUACUUCUACCACAACUGGAGAUUCGACAACCUCGACAACCGUUGAACCAACAACAGUAUCUAUGACCACUUCUACAACAGGUGAAGUUUCAACAACCUCUACUACUUCGACCACAGGUGGAGAUUCAACAACCUCGACUUCAUCGACAACCGGUGAGUCAACUACAUCAGUUCCAACUUCGACCACAGGUGGAGAUUCAACAACCUCGACUUCAUCGACAACCGGUGAACCAACAACAGUAUCUAUGACCACUUCUACAACAGGUGAAGUUUCAACAACCUCUACUACUUCGACCACAGGUGGAGAUUCAACAACCUCGACUUCAUCGACAACCGGUGAGUCAACUACAUCAGUUCCAACUUCGACCACAGGUGGAGAUUCAACAACCUCAACCACAUCGACAACCGGUGAACCAACAACAGCAUCUACAACUACUUCAACUACAGGUGAAGUUUCAACAACCUCUACUACAUCUACAACCGGUGAGUCAACAACAAUAUCUAUUACCACAGGUGGCCAUUCAUCAGCUUCUACUACAUCUACAACCAAUGAACCAACCACAGUAUCUAUCACCACUUCAACCACUGGCGGAGAUUCUACUACAACAGGUGGUGAUUCAACAACCUCUACUACAUCAACAACUGGUGAACCAACAACAGUAUCUUUCACUACCUCGACCACAUCUGGUGAUUCGACAAUCUCGACCACAUUGACAACUGGAGAGUCAACUACAUCAGUUCCAACAACAAGUGAUAUAUCAACAACUGGAGAUCACUCCACUACAGGUGUAGCAAUAACUACUUCAACCACCGGAGGAGAUUCAACAGCAACUACCACAGGUGAGUCUACAACAGUAUCUACCACCACUUCAACCACUGGUGGAGAUUCAACAACUGUUGGUGAUUCGACAACAUCGACAACCGAUGAUUCUACAACAAUAUCUAUCACCACUUCAACUACCGGUAUAGAUCCAACAACAUCUACAACUGGUGAACCAACAACAGUAUCUAUCACAACCUCGACCACAUCUGGUGAUUCAACAAUCUCCUCCACGUCAACCACAGGUGGAGAUUCGACAACCUCUACUACAUUGACAACCGGUGAGUCUACAACAGUAUCUAUCAGCACCACUUCAACCACUGGUGUAGAUUCAACAACCUCGACCACAUCUGGAGAUUCAACAUCCACUUCAACAACCGGUGAACCAACAACAGUAUCUAUCACUACCUCGACCACAUCUGGUGAUUCGACAAUCUCGACCACAUUGACGACCGGUGAUUCUACUACAUCAGUUCCAACAACAAGUGAUACAUCCACAACUGGAGAUCACUCCACUACAGGUGUAGCAAUAACUACUUCAACCACAUCUGGUGAUUCAACAACAUCUACGACCAGUGAUCCAACAACAGUAUCUAGCACCACUUCGACCACAGGCGGUGAUUCAACAACAUCUACAACCAGUGAACCAACAACAGUAUCUAUCACAACCUCGACCACAUCUGGUGAUUCUACUACCUCCUCUUUGACAACUGGCGAAUCAACUACAUCAGUCUCAACAACUAUUGAUACAACAACCGCACCAAUAACUAGUGACCAAUCUACUACAGGUGUAGCAAUAACUAUUUCGACCACAGCUGGAGAUUCAACAGCAACUACCACAGCUGGAGAUUCAGCAACCUAUACAACAGUAUCUAUCACGACCUCGACCACCUCUGGAGAUUCAACAACCUCGACCACAGGUGGAGAUUCAACAACAUCUACAACCAAUGAACCAACUACAGUAUCAAUCACCACUUCUACCACAGGUGGAGAUUCAACAACCUCUACAACCAAUGAGCCAACCUCAGUAUCUAUCACCACUUCAACUACUGGCGGAGAUUCUACUACAACAGGUGGUGAUUCAACAACCUCGACUACAUUGACAACCGGCGAUUCUACUACAUCGGUACCAACUACGGGUGACACGAUAACAACUCUACUGACGACUGGAGAUCAAUCCACUACAGGUGUAGCAAUAACAACAUCGACAACCAGUGAACCAACAACAGGCGGAGAUUCAACAACCACUGUAUCGACAACUGUCGAAUCAACUACAUCAGUUCCGACUACAAGUGAUACAACAACUGCACCAAUAACUAGCGAUCAUCCUACUACAAGUGUAGCAAUAACUACUUCUACUACAAGUGGAAUUUCUACAACUGGAGAUUCAACAACCUCUACCACAUCGACAUCAGGUAAACCAACAACAGUAUCUAUCACUACUACUUCAACCACAGGAGGAGAUUCAACAACAUCUACAACCGGGGAACCAACAACAGUAUCUAUAAUCACCACUUCUACUACAGGUGGAGAUUCAGCAACAUCGACCCCAUUAACAACCAGUGAUGCAACUACAUCAGUCCCAACAACAAGUGAUACAGCAACAACUGGAGAUCACUCCACUACAGGUAUAGCAAUAACAACUUCGACCACAGGUGAGGAUUCUACAACCUCGACUACAUCCGUAGAUUCUACGACAACAGGUCAAGAUUCAACAACCUCGACUGUAACAACCAGUGAACCUAUAACAGUAUCCGUCUCUACUACAUUAACAACAGCCGGGGAUUCAUCAACUUCGACAACCAGUGAACCAACAACAGUAUCUAGCACCACUUCAACCACAGGCGGUGAUUCGACAACAUCUACAACCAGUGAACCAACAACAGUAUCUAUCACAACCUCGACCACAUCUGGUGAUUCUACUACCACCUCUUUGACAACUGGCGAAUCAACUACAUCAGAACCCACAACGACUCUAUCGCCAAGUGGUGAUCAUUCUACUACAGAUGUAGUAAUAACUACUUCGACAACCGGUGAAUCAACAACAGUAUCUAUCACUACUACUUCGACCACAGGUGGAGAAUCAACAACAUCUACAACCAGUGAACCCACAACAGUUUCUAUAAUCACCACUUCUACAACAGGUGGUGGAUCUUCAUCAGGUGGAGAUUCAACAACCUCGACCACAUCUGGAGAUUCUUUUACCACAUCAAUACCCUCUACAAGUGAUACAACAACAACUGGAGAUCAAACCACUACAGGUGUAGCUUUAACUACUUCGACAACCUCCACCACAUUGACGACCGGCGAACCAACAACAGUAUCUAUCAUAACCUCGACCUCAUCUUUGACAACUGGCGAAUCAACUACAUCAGAACCCACAACUAUUGAUUCGACUGUAUCUACAGCAGGUUUAACUACUACUUUUUAA